UCAUGGCCGCCCGCAGCGGGGAGAAGGAGCCACUGAACCCGGUGCGGCAGAACCAGCUCCUGUGCGAGCGGGUGCGGAAGGAGCUGCAGUACCAGAGGCUGCACACGCAGUACGGCGUGAACCCCCUCCACCGCGUUCACACCAUCACCAAGAAGCCUAUGUCUUGGCAUGAUAAUAUAGAAGAACCAGCAGAUGCCAAGUUUCUGAAUCUUAUUCACCAUGCAGCACUGGAGCCAACCAAGAAAUAUUCAGAGCCACAAACUGAAAGCCAAGAAAUUGGCUGGAACACAACACCUUUGAUUCACGUGGACCGCACUGAUUGCAGACUCUACUUCCCGCGCCGGAGGACUGAGAUCACUAAAUAAAUGGCUGCCACGGGGCAUGGGGAGUCUGAGAACCUGCAGCAGUAGAGUGGCAAAGCCACAUAACUUAG